GUUUUGAACACGAGUAAACAGUUUCCUUUGUUUACUAGGUCUUCGAGAUCUAUGAAAACAAAAGACACGAAAACGCAAGGAGAACUGCUGCUAGGAACAAAUCGAAGUACAAAAACUUAAACUAUUAGCUAGUGUAUGUCUUCUAUGAAUGUAAAGAAUAACAAAAAGAAGGGACAAGAAGCAAGCGAACGAUUAUAAGUGGGCAGAAGCAUAAGGUAUCUUCGCGCGAAAGUGAUAAAUCUCGAAGUAAUUACUUUCGUCUCACACUGAGUCAAGAACUACAUCUCCCUGCCUCUUCUAGACCAGCUUCUAUCCACCUUCUACAUCGACAAGCGGCACGUGAUCAAGUCGAAGUCGAUUCUGAAUAUCAUAAUAUAUCUAUAUCACAACAAGUAGAACUACACCAGAAUGAUGCAGCGAAAUAAGUUUGUCGUCAUCGCAGCCACCUUGUUGGCGUCGGUGGACGGCUUGAAGUCCAAUAUACCGCUAUCUUCUCCUGAGCCGCACGGAGAAGCAGAGUCAUUGUCUUUUAUUAACAAUGCUGCGAGAGCGGAACCGUCUUCGUCUACAGAGCUGAACCGUCCGCAUGUUGCAGAAGUGACACCACCGUUGACAUUGUCUUGUUCUCGGGAGCAGGAGGACGCUACCAAAGCCACAAUUGCUGCUGAAGAUCGCUACCAGCCAGCUGUAUUCACUCCCAAAAGGGGAGUGCAGCGAUCGGAUGUGGAAACGGAUCCUUUCAGCAACCCACUAAGCUAUGAAUCUAGCGAAAAGUUGCGAACCGAGUGGUGGAACAAACACAUAAAAAGAGUGAUUCCCUGCAGAGAGGACCUGGGUAUGGUCCUUGAACUCAAGGAGCCGAGGAAAAUGUAUUUCCACCAUGGGACGAGCCAGCCAGACGACCCCAUCUCGUUUUACGGCAGGGGCGGAUGUGCGAAUGGGCCGGGCGUCUAUGUGACGCCGAAGGUAGAAGUUGCUCAACACUACGGUAAAGUAAUCGAGGUGGGGGUGGCAGUGCAGAGAAUUUUGUUUCUUGAUCAUGAAAUGACAGAUAUCGGGAUAAAACCAGGCGAUUUUAUGCACUUGGAGGGUAAGGGAGUAGCAGAUGAUAGGUGCGCGGCGCUUCUUGUGGCAAACGGCAAUAGCGAGCAGACGGUACGCGACUGGGGAAAUAUCGACCUUGUCGUGCACUCGAGUCGACGCGGGCGGUUGGCCUUACUUAACCGGUUUUACGCGGACCCGGAUCCGACAGUAUCUCCUUCGCAGCAGCUAGCGAACCACGUCGUAUCCUUGAACCAACCUCCCGACAACGGUGGCGGCAAAAUCCCGAGAGAAAACGUUAGAAAACAAGGUGAGCACCCGAUCGCAACUGCGGAAGACUUUAAACGCGCUCGUAUGACGCACGUUCAGGGCACGGGACUAUCUCGGCGAGUCCUUGCCACACAGAUGGCAUUGGAUGCUUUUGACUGGUUAAACACGUACCCGGAGGCGACGUGGUAAAAGAGGUUCUGCUUCCCUAAUCAUCGAUGACAGAGGGUCGCGCAGCAUGCGUCACGCAUAUUAUUGAUAUUUUGAUUUUUUUUCUAGUGAUGUAGCUAUAGUGCUCGUCAAUAAAAUUAGCAAUAUCUUCAUACUUAUCUUUCAUAUGAGGCCGCUGUUGUUGGUGGAGUCUGGGACUUUUGACGCCUCUUCAUCACCUUUUCAUAGUCUGUCCCUGAAAUCGGACGUUUAGAUUGUUAAAAGCCUUCGUUCAAUCCUCCUCCGCUUCAUCUAGGCAACGAGAUGCUAUACACCGUUUUCCCACGAAAAGUGAAGAUAUCGAGGAUAAGAUACUUUUUAAAGAUUCAUCAAUCAUCAUGAUCUUCGAAGGAAGGAUGUAGUCGCAUUCACAUUCUACUGACCGAUCAAUAGAUUUUCCAGCUUUGUCUGAU